GCAACCUUUCACACUAGUCUUCCAGAGCGUUUACAUUUACGCGUUCGAAAUGGCUACAAAAACGAUUCAAUAUGAUAAUAUUUAUUUAAAUCUAAGUUCACAGCCAGGAAAACUAAGAAUCGCUCCAAGCGGAUUAGGUUGGAAGUCAAGUGCUCUUACGGAACCAUUCACUCUGCCUUUAAGUGAAAUUCGGAGAUUUUGUUGGAGUCACUUUGCCAGAGGCUAUGAAUUGAAAAUUAUUUUAAAGAAUAGAUCACCCGUUAGUUUGGACGGGUUUGCUCAAGAGGAUUUUGAUGGCUUAGCGAGUUUUAUUAAACAGAAUUAUGACAUGGGUAUUGAACAAAAAGAAUUUUCUAUAAAAGGAUGGAAUUGGGGAGAUACUGAGUUUCUUGGAUCAGAGCUAGUAUUCAAUGUGAAUUCUCGUCCUGCAUUCGAGAUUCCCAUUAACUCAGUAAACAACACGAAUCUCUCAGGAAAAAAUGAAGUUGCAUUAGAAUUCUCAAACGUGAAGGAUUCCCCUGUGCCUUCUGCUCAGGCGGACGAACUAGUGGAAAUGCGUCUUUACAUUCCCGGAACGACCUCAAAGGAAGAUGUUGCCGAAGGCGAAGAUACUGAACAGAAUGCUGCUAAUCUCUUCUAUGAAUCGAUAAAAGAGCGUGCAGACAUUGGACAAGCAGCGGGCGAUGCUAUUGUUUCUUUAUCUGAGAUUCUUCUACUUACUCCUCGUGGUCGCUAUGAUAUUGAUAUGUAUGAAACCUCCAUGCGUCUUCGUGGUAAAACUUAUGACUAUAAAGUGGAAUAUAGUUCUAUUAAUCGUCUCUUUCUACUUCCUAAGCCCGAUGAACAACAUGUUGCUUUUGUGAUCGGCUUAGAUCCUCCUUUACGCCAAGGUCAAACCCGUUAUCCCUUCCUCGUCACUCAGUUCAUUCGAGAUGAAGACAUGGAGGUUGAUCUCAACAUUGAGGAGGGUUUACUACGUGAAAAAUAUGCGGACAAGCUCAAGUCCAGCUACGACCAGCCAGCAUAUGAGGUAGUCAGUCAGAUUUUCCAAGGUUUGACGAAUAGAAAGGUGAUAACGCCUGGAAAUUAUUUGAGCCACCACGGUCAUGCUGCUGUGAAAUGCUCUUACAAAGCUAAUGAGGGUCAAUUAUAUGUUCUUGAUAAAUACUUUCUCUUUAUUCCCAAGCCUACUAUCAUUAUUACCACUGCUGACUUGGCCCGCGUCACUUUAUCUCGUGUAGGCAUGUCUGUUUCAGCUUCCCGUACCUUUGAUUUAACAUUUUCUUUGCGUUCUGGAACUUCUUAUCAAUUUUCCAACAUAAAUAGAGAAGAGCAAAGUGGCCUAGUACGUUACUUGGAAUCUAAAAACGUUAAAAUUCACAAUGACUUGGCUGAUGAAGCUCAGCAGUCUCUUCUGAAUGCUGCACUUGCAGAUGACGAUGAGGAAGAAGGUGAUGAAGCAAUGGGUGAAACUAUGUCUGAAGAUGAAGAUUUCCGUUCCGCAAGUGAAAGUGAUGUUGCUGAAGAAUACGAUGAAGAUGUAGCUUCAUCGUCAGGAAAUGAUGAAGACGAAGCUGGUUCUGGUUAGGAAUAGUAAUUUACAAUUCUUGCUUUUUAGUUAGUUGAAUGCAUUAUAUUUUGCCUAUCAGCUGAAUAG